GCUCCUGUACUCCUGAUCCUGUUGGCCACACCUCUGGGAGCUCCCACAUGUCCAAUGCUCUGCACCUGCUACUUUCCUCCACCCACCGUCAGCUGCCAGGCCAAUAACUUCUCCUCUGUGCCACGGGUUCUGCCACCCAAUGCUCAGCGCCUCUUUCUGCAAAACAAUCUGAUAGGGACCCUGCGAGCUGGCGUGUUUGGGCACAGCCUUGUCACCCUCUGGCUUUAUUCUAACAAUAUCUCCUCCAUCCAGUCUGGCACCUUCCGCCAUCUGCAGGCUCUUGAAGAACUGGAUCUUGGGGACAAUCGCAAUUUGCGCACCCUUGACCCGGAUACUUUCCAUGGGUUGGAACGGUUGCAGUCUCUGCACCUGUACCGUUGUCAGCUCAGCAGCCUACCAAAUACCAUAUUCCGCAACCUCUUCAGCCUCCAAUACCUCUAUCUUCAAGAGAACAAUCUGCUCUGUCUGCAGGAUGACCUUUUUGUGGACUUGGCUAACCUGAGCCACCUUUUUCUGCACGGCAACAAGAUUUGGCAGCUCUCUGAGAAUGUCUUCCGGGGCCUAUCUGGAUUAGACCGCUUGUUGCUACACAUGAAUCGCCUGCACACAAUUCCUACUUGGGCCUUUCGUGACUUGCGCAAGCUUACCAUUCUGUACUUGUUUAACAACAGCCUGACAACCGUGUCUGGGGAAACACUCUCAAACUUGCCCUCACUGGAGUUCCUGCGCCUCAACAGCAACCCAUGGGCCUGUGAUUGCCGCGCCCGUUCCCUCUGGGUCUGGUUCCAGCAUACACGCGUCUCCACCUCAGAUGUCAUAUGUGCAUCUCCUGCAGAGCGCAAGGGACGUGACAUGCGUUACCUGAAAGAAUCUGUAUUUCAGGACUGUCCUCUGACCAAUCACCACUCUGUUGGAUUUGACUGGGGUUGUAGGCCUGAGUGGGAGAAUGGGGCAAUUCAUCCCCAUCCCAAUGGCUCAUCCAAUCACCUCUAUGGCCUGGGAGGGUCACCACCUGCUGAUCCUUCCUCCUUUUACAGAGAUGUGCCAGCCAAUGACAUUCGAAGUCCCAAGUAUGAUCCACCUACAGAAGAUGACUAUUGGGGGAGCUACGGCAGUGAAGAAGGAGGGCAGCUUAAAAAGGGAUGUUCAGGACCUGGUUGCUCCUCCCUGGACUCCGGAGCUAUCAGGAUUGGUUUUCUGUCCCUUCUUCCCUGCCUACUGAUGCUAUUGGGACCUUCCUGGUUUUGAUAACAGGGUGGCUGUUCUGCU